AUGUCAAUCAAUGCUAAUGGUAGUCGACAACAAUUGAAACCAAUUGUAUUGGAUGGACCGUCUCCUGGUAUUGAUGACACGAGCGUGGCAUACCUGGUAAAAUCAUGUGGAGGAGUUCUGUUGUACAUUCGUAGAUAUAUAUGCUGCGUUGAUGAUGUGACUUUGACUUUUAAGGUUUAUAGGAUGUGUAGGAAUUCCAUCAAUAAUAAAGCUAAGGGUAAUCUGUUAUAUUGGCGAGAGAUUAAGAAUAUGGGUGAUGAUGCAUUGUUUUUGGGAGGAAGACAUUUGUUGUGCGUUAAGGCAUCUAACUUUCCUGGUUGCAAACCAAAUGCCAUAUACUUUGCUCCUCAUUAUUGGGAAAUUAAGUACGAUAUGGGUGUUUUCAAUUUGAAAGAUGAUAGCAUGACACCUCUUUAUCCAUAUGACCAAUCUCGAACAUGUAUUCUUCGUCCUGUUUGGGUAGUACCAACGUACACUUGGCGAUAA